CGCCGUCCAGACGCGGGCGAUUUUCAAUCAAAACUUCCCCAUUCUUUCUCCCUUCCUUCCCAGUUCCCAUGAACCACCGCCCAUCGGCCACCCUUCCAUUCCACCUAUAUAAUUCCAAGCUCCAACUCACAAUCUCACAUCCCCAUCAUCAAUGGCAUCACACGAUAACCAAUCUGAAUUCCACGAUUUCUUACCGUUAAUGGCGGAUAAAUUGGGGGGCGAACGUCUGAUUGAAGAAUUAUGCAACGGAUUCCGAUUGUUUAUGGAUCCGAUCAAAUGUGUAAUCAGUUUCGAUAGCUUGAAGAAGAACGCUGUCGGUUUGGGGAUUGGAGAUCUGAAUGAUGACGAUCUACUGAGUAUGUUGAAGGAAGGGGAUUUGGAUGGAGAUGGGGUUUUGAAUCAGAUGGAAUUUUGUGUUCUUAUGUUCAGAUUAAGCCCUGAUUUGAUGGAACAUUCCAAGUUUUUGCUGGAAGAAGGUUUGCAGCAGGAGUUCAAAAAGAAGUAUUAGAAGUAUUUCGUUUUGUAUUGUAUAUUGUAUAUUGUAUGUAAAACAAGUGUUUGAGAUUGCUUAUAAAAAUAAUUAAUUGAC